AUGGCCGAGGCGUCGAAUCAGGCGGACGGGGUUUCCCCCCGCAACCCCUCUCACCCAGUAACUAUGCUGGCGUUCGUCACACGGAGCGAACAUCUGUCGGUCGAGGAGUUCCAGAAACAUUGGGUAGAGAAUCACGGACCCCUGGUGGGAAAAUUCCUGUCGUCCAUGGGAGUUCUAAGUUACCGGCAAUUCCACAUCGAUCAGCGCAACAAUCCCCUCGGCUACGACGGGAUCGUUCAGCUGGAAAUCCCAUCCCUGGAGACCUGGGGCAAGAUCUCAUCAGACAAAUACUACCAGGAGGUCAUUGUGCCGGAUGAGCAGAAGUUCUUCCAGUCGGCCAAGAUGGUCAUCCUCACAGGCCAAAACUAUUCGGUCGUCGAGGGUGGGCAGUAUGUGCUAAACAAGUAA